AUGGAGAAUGUUUUGCUUGCAACUGAACUGGUGAAGGAUUACCACAAAGAAUCUAUAUCUCCAAGAUGUGCUAUGCAGAUAGACAUCUCGAAGGCAUAUGACUCAGUGCAAUGGCCAUUCUUAUUGAAUACAUUGGAAGCUCUUGGUCUCCCACAGAAGUUUAUAAAGUGGAUAACAUUGUGUAUUACGUCAGCAUCCUUCUCUGUGCAAGUUAAUGGCGAGUUGGCGGGGUAUUUUCAGAACGACUUGAUGAUCUUUGCAGAUGGCAAGAAGAAAUCAGUUGAAGGGAUUCUGAGAGUAUUUGAAGAAUUUGAUAAGAUGAGUGGACUAAAGAUAAGUAUGGAGAAGUCGAGUUUGUUCAUAGCUGGUAGUGCAGCUGAGAAAAAUGAGGAGAUUUUGCAGCAGUUCCACUUUUCAACAGGCGAUCUUCCGGUUUGUUACCUUGGCCUCCCUCUCCUAACAAAGAGCAUGAUGAUCAAUGACUACUUACCAUUGAUAGAGAAGAUAAGAAAGAGGAUAAGCACUUGGACGGGGAGAUUUCUAUCUUAUGCAGGCCGUUUAUAG